CAUGUAUCGGGCUUGCGCUUGGCUGGGCGUCUUGGUUUCUCUCUCUCUCUCGAGCUCAUGGUUCUGUCAGCGAGUAGACGGGGAAGAAAAUGCUGCCUCCUCUUCGUCCUACGGCAGAUCGGCGCUCUUUUUCCUGCUUCAUCGUCCUCCUCCUUGAAUAGCUCGGCAUCGAAAUGUCGUCCCCUUUACUCGUCGAUCGCCAACUCCUCUCCCCCUUUUUCACACCGCUACUCCAGUAGUUCUGGUUUGCACCCACAGCUGCCCGUAGAACUGCUCAACGUCAUAGAAAUGAGGGCAUCCGAGAUCGAGCGAAGAAGCGCUCACUUUCAACAUACUAUCGCUCAGCCAGAAGUCUCAGCUGGAGAAUAUUCAAGGGCAAACAAGGAAUUGCAAAAGCUUGAGAGGUCUAUGAAUCUUAUAAAGCAGUUGAGGGCAAAGCAGAAGGAGGUUGUCGGUCUAAAAUCUUUGAUUGCUGAAUGUACUGAAGAUAAAGAUAUGCAUGAAAUGGCCAGGCAGGAGUUAGAUGAAGCUAACGAGGCGGUGAAAGAACUACAGUGCCUCCUCAUUAAAUCUUUGCUUCCAAAAGAUGAUGCUGAUGAAAGAGACUGUAUCUUGGAGGUGCGAGCAGGAACUGGUGGUGAGGAAGCAUCAUUAUUCGCAAUGGAGUUAUUCAAAAUGUAUGAAAGAUACUCCCUGAAGAAGGGAUGGAAGUUUGAGGUUGUGGAUAUAAUGGAGUCAGAUCUCAAAGGUUGCAAGGAAGCUAGUGGAGCAAUUUCAGGACCUGGUGCAUAUGGAAUACUCAAAUUUGAGAGUGGAAUCCACAGGGUGCAGCGUGUACCUGUAACUGAGAAAUCUGGACGGGUGCACACUAGUGCUGUAUCGGUUGCAAUUCUUCCUCAAGCUGAUGAGGUGGAUGUGCAAUUGCGCACCGAUGACUUAAGAAUAGAUACAUAUCGAUCUGGUGGAUCAGGAGGUCAACAUGCAAACACUACAAAUAGUGCUGUUCGGAUUACUCAUAUUCCUACUGGAAUUGUGGUCUCAAUACAGGAUGAAAGAUCACAACAUAUGAACAAAGCUAAAGCUCUGAAAGUAUUAUGUGCCAAGCUGUAUGAAACGGAGAGGUGCAGACUCCAAGCAAGCAGAUCAAAGCUUAGAUCUGAACUGAUUGGAAGUGGGGACAGGUCAGAGCGGAUUCGUACGUACAACUUUCCUCAAGGUCGUGUGACAGAUCAUCGCAUUGGAGUGACAUGUCAUAAUAUACAUGAUGUGUUGCAAGGUGAAAGCCUGGACGUCUUUAUUGAUGGUCUUCUUUUACAAGAAGAAACAAAUGCUGUUGCGUCUUUUGCUUCUGACUAGUUUAUCCUUGGAAUUCAUAACUUGUUUCAGAAAAUCUGGAUUCUUUUGCGUUGUUGCAGCUAAAGGCAUCAAAAUUUGAAAGAUACACUUAACCAUUUAUAUUCCCAACCAAAUUCAUGGCUUAGCUGUAGAUCUUAUAGGAAGUGGCUGAGUAUGCCCCUUGGAAACUAUUAGAUAUCAACUGAUUGUGGAAUUGAGAACAAUUCGAUCUGCCAGUUUUGCUUAUAUGCCAGAUAAACUAAGCAAUGGUUGAUGUAUAAUUCUGCUGGUCGUAACGACAGGUUUUCUUUGGAAA